AUGAAUCAGACAACAUUGGGUGUAGUGGUUGGCCUCAUCGCUUGUAGCAUGAUGUUGGUGCUUGGACAGCCGGCGGGUUAUCCGAGCUCUCGUCCACCAGCCACAUAUCUGCCAGCUAAGCCUCCAGCACCUCCUGCACCACCCAAGAGCAGUUAUGGCCCACCUAAGCCGCCACCAAAGCCGCCUGCGCCUGCGCCUCCACCGAAGCCAAAGCCACCAGCUCCACCACGCGAUAGCUAUGGACCACCACCAAGUAAACCCGGUUCACAAUAUUUACCACCCACCGGCAAUGGAAAUGGCAAUGGAGGAAAUGGUGGAAAUGGCGAUGCAGGCGGAGGUGGCGGAGGUGGUGAAGUUAUUCCCAUUAUCAAGUUGGAAUCCAAAGUGAAUACGGAUGGAUCGUUUAUGUACGAAUAUGAAACGGGCAAUGGGAUUAAGGCCGAGGAAAUGGGCUAUCUGAAGAAUGCCGGCAUCGAAGGAGAAGAGGCUCAAACUGUGGAGGGUUCCUUCUCCUACAGCAGUCCCGAGGGCGAAACAAUCUCAUUGACCUAUAUCGCUGAUGAGAAUGGUUUCCAGCCGAUGGGCGAACAUUUGCCAACGCCGCCACCCAUUCCUCCAGAGAUACAGGAGGCACUCGAUCAAAUAGCCGCUGGUGGAGGCUGUCAUGGAUGCGAUGACAAUGAGACUGGCGAUGGAGGAGGCGGUGAUGGAGCAGGCUAUGUCUAUCGCCGAAAGUAA